AAGACAGUAUAUUAAAUACAAUGAUGAAAAUCUGUGCAUUCAGUAUUCCCGUAAAUCCUAAUUUGUGAAGAUGCAUUAUUCAACGUUAACUAUUUUCAUUGUGUCGUGCCUUCUUUCCGGAAGUCUCGGAAAAAAAGGUUUCGGUCCAGGUGAACAAGAUUGGGGACAUGUGACUGUUAGACAAUAUUCACAUAUGUUUUGGUGGCUUUAUUACACCACAGCAAAUGUUGAAUCAUAUUAUGAAAAACCCUUACUGAUAUGGUUACAAGGUGGUCCUGGUGGAUCCUCGACAUCUUAUGGAAACUUCGAGGAACUUGGUCCACUCGAUAUAAAUUUAAAAACGAGGAAUUAUACAUGGGUUAAAGAUUACAAUGUAUUGUUCAUUGACAAUCCAGUUGGUACUGGCUUCAGCUACGUUGAAAAACCAAUAGCAUAUGCUAAAACGAACGAACAAAUUGCGCUUGAUCUCGUCGAAUGUAUGAGAGGUUUUUUAAAGGAAUUACCUACAUUUUCUAAUGUUCCUACUUAUAUCUUAACUGAAUCCUAUGGUGGAAAAAUGGGAGCUGAAUUUGCUCUUGUUUGGUACAAGGCAGAAAAAGCAGGUACUAUUAAAAGUAAUUUAAAAGGAGUUGGUCUUGGCGACGCUUGGAUAUCUCCCAUCGAUUCUGUCAUGACUUGGGCACCAUUUUUACUUAACACGGGUAUGAUCGAUUCGAACGGUUAUAAAAAUAUUGAUAAAUCAGCUAAAGCAACGAGAGAUGCCGUUAAUAACGGCGAAUGGUUAAAGGCAACAACUUUAUGGAGUAAUACGGAAAACGUAAUUCUACAAGUUGCGGAUAAUAUCGAUUUCUAUAACAUUCUAACGAAAUUGUCUCCUUUCAACUUACGUUCCCGAAAUCUUGGAAAAAAGUCGCCAAUUCAUAUUGAUAAAGACACAAUAUAUCAGGGUUUGGCUUAUCGAGAUAGUAGAAGUUUAGGAGAACUGAUGAAUGGACCGGUAAGAGAGGCACUUGGUAUUAAAAAUUAUCAUGGUCGUCAAAGCAAUAACGUGUUCUAUAUGUUACGUGAGGAUUUCAUGAAACCAGUAGUUGACAAAGUGGAACUUUUGCUGAACGAAACUGACCUCAAUGUGUUCGUCUAUACCGGACACAUGGAUCUCAUCGUUGAUACACCAGGCACGGUACUUUGGGUCGAAACAUUGAAAUGGAAAAAUACUAAUUAUUGGGCUAACUCUAACAGGCAUUCAUUAGUUUCUGGUAACAUUAUCGAAGGUUAUUCUAAAAGAUAUAAUAAUUUUGGAAUGUACUGGGUCAAUAGGGCAGGACACAUGGUACCGAAAGACAAUCCUGCAGCCAUGGCAAUUAUAUUAAAAGAUUUAACAGAAAAUACAUGAUGUUAAUAAUUUUUGUUUAAUAUUAUGAAUGAUCUCAUUAAGUCGCUCUAAUAAAAAUAUUAUUAAAGAGUA